AUGAUCGGGUACGCUGCUUUGGCCUUCACUUGGCUGGCCUGCCCAGCAUCAGCCAGCUAUGCCUUCUACGUCGGCAAGAAUCUCACCCAAGAUGGCAGCGUCAUGGUCGGAGGCACUGGAGAAGAAGUCUCCAGUCACUGGCUUCAACUCUUCCCAGCUCGCGACCACCCGCCUAAUUCGACCAUCACUGUCGGCGUCACCAAAGAUGCCACCUUUCCUGGAGAGCUCAUUCAAAUCCCCCAAGUUAACCAUACGUUCCGAUAUAUGAGCAUGGAGUAUUCCGACUUUGAGGGCUUCCCUGCGCCGUUGACGAAUGGUGGGCUUAAUGAGAAGGGUGUUACGGUUCGCGAUGUUUGGGCCGACAACCGUGACGAGCUUCUUGAAAUGACACCCAAUCCUCAGCGAGGUGUGCAGUACAGCGAUUUUGCACGCAUCGUCAUGGAGAGAGCUAGCAAUGCCCGCGAGGGUGUGGAGAUUAUCGGCGAUUUGAUGGCGAAAUAUGGCGAAGCUACAUAUGGUGGAAACUCGCAUCUCAUCGCUGACAAGGACGAGGGAUGGGUUGUCUGGGAAAUGGCUGGCGGCCAAAAGCUCUGGGCUGCACAGCGUCUUGGGCCAAACGAUGUCAAGGUUCUGUACCCUGGCUACAUCGAGGACUUUCCCACCGAUUUCAAAGACAACCCCGACUAUGCUGGUUCUGACAAUAUUGUGUCGUUCGCCGUUGAACAAGGCUGGUGGAACAAGACUUCAGGCAAGCCAUUCAACAUCUUCGAUGUCUAUGGUCCUCAAGACCCUCGCUACAAGGCUCGCGAUGGAGGAUACAAGUUCAUGUCUCAAGCCGCCUUGGAGAACGCUACUCUCGAGAUGGUGCCAUUGACAGAGGCAAAGAUGAUGCAGAGGGUGCGCGAUCCUCGAAUUGCUGAUGACGAGGCGGGAUAUGGCCAAGUUGUCAGCCUUCAUGACGGAAUUGAUCAAGACAUGCUGCGAAUCUGGAAUGCCCCAGCCACUUCUGUUGCGGCACCCUUUGUUCCAUGGUGGCUUGGUGUUCAAUCUGUUCCUCCCGAGUUUGGACAACAUCGUUACCUGACCACCGGAGCAUCCAGCAGCUUCCUCAACCCGGAUUAUCAACUUCAAGAAGCCUCCGAGUUUGCCGGUCGAAUCUUUAAGCGGGUGCUGUACUACAUGUGCUCGGAGCCCAACAAGUACCACCCCAUCGUUACCGAAAUGUUUGAACGAUUCGAAAAUGCGUCUCGUGUUCAGGUUGAGGGCUGGGUCGAAAAGACAGCCUUGACUAUGAUCCAGCAGGGCGAGAGAAAGGCGGCGCAGAGUUUGUUAACAUACUACUCUCAUACACGGGCGGCCGAGGCACUCGAGAUUGGACAUACUUUGAACAAUGCUAUGGAUGGGUAUAUCAAGUUGACUGGAAAAUGGCGUUGGCCCAAGGGUGAUCAGAUCAAUGAUAGUGGUGAGGGCAAUGAGACAGUCAAUUGCCUUGUAGGAUUUGAUCCUGAUAAGCCCAGAUACCUACAGGAGAACUGA